UCAUGUUGAGACCAAACACACAAGUUCUUCCCUUGUACGCACAGCGUGGUGACCCAUCCUGCAGCCUGACCUUCUGUAGCUGACACAACAGUGUGAAGCCACAAGUUGUGUAGGUCCACCAACUGUACGUGUAUGUCUGGAUAGUGGAUAUGUAGCAACACGUAUCAUGGCGACUACAGAGGCGGUGCCAGCAGCGAGAACAUUUGGAAGGCAAGAUGCUGGCACAGAUAAAAUGGAGAGACUGGUCGUAUCUCGCUCACAUCAAAGCACACACGGCAUUCAGACUGCGGCAAGCAUAUCUGUUCUUUAGUAGGGUAUUGUCGAUGUUUAUUUACGCCAAGUUUAUUUCAUUCCUUCUCACAGAGGCGGAGCGUAAAGUGUCUUUGCAAGCACUCGGUGCACACGAUCGCACAGAUGAGGGCCUUAUUUUCUAGGCAUGGGGACUCCAUUGUGUAGAUGCUACAACAAAAACAGUGGCUAGCGUAUGUCAGUGGUGCUUCUGUCUUCUUGUCUUUUGAUCAAGUCGUUGUGGACGUCGCCGGUGACACUGACCGUCUACUAUGAGACUCAAGGCCUUUACUGUUCUGGCUCAUGACGGCCGUGGGACAGGUAGAGGGAGGCAGCAGGAGGACCUGCCUGGCCACGGACUUGAACGCUUGCAGUACCGCCGGAAGGUCGUCCACACCGUCUGGCUUUCUCUAGCUUCCUUCGUCUGCGGUUGGGUGGUGGGACAGCGCGGACCCUCCAUCCUGGAGCUGGCACGCGCCGCUGACUUGACCGUGAGGAGGAGCUCCACCCUAUUUGCACUGGGUGCCGGAGGCUACCUGAUGGGCUGUCUUGCCAGUGGAGUGACAUUUGGGCGUUUCCACAAGUUAAUGAGCCUCUUCUGGUCUGCCAUUGGCCUGGGCGCCACCACCAUCGUGUUGCCCUUGUGUUCUUCCUACGAGGUCCUGGCUGCCCUGUACUGCUUUAACUUUGUCUUCGUCGGCUGGCUGGAAUCAGGCUCGUGUGCAGACGUCGCCAGGCUGUGGGGUCUUCUGGGCAUACGUGUUCUACAGGUCCUGCAGCUGGCGUACAUCACAGGUGGCGCUGUGUCACCAGUCGUCUCCAUGAUCUUCCUCGUCGAUGGGUCGCGCGAGGAUGGCGUUAUCGACAGAAACGAGGAGGCUCUUUCCUGGAACUAUUCUGUGGACGAUGUGCGUCAAGCGCAUUCCAACAGUCACGAGCCUAUUGAGCAACUACUGCGUCGACCGCUAAGCGAAAACGUCACUGUGCGGAACUCACUGACGUCACUGGGCACGCACAGAGUUCACUACGCCUACGUCAUCAGCGCCCUCUUGUGCCUGGUGGCAGCAGCGCCAUUCCUUGUGAGUUACAUCACGCGCGAGAAGCAGCGACCCUCGACACACAGACCUCGGGAACAGGAAAUGACCCCGGAGCAGAGCCGCUCAAGGCCGCUGCAGACCGUCAUCUUGACUCUCACGGGCAUUUAUUUUUUCCUAGUGUCUGCCGUGGAGGAGACUGUCCACCAGUUCCUCUUCUUGUAUCUGGUUCAGGAGGUGGGAUGGUCGUCCCAUCGGGCAGUCUUGGCCACGUCACUGUACUGGCUGUCUAUGGGUGUCGUUCGCCUCCUGGACCUGUUCUUGCCGCAAGCGUUGUUGAAGAUACUUCUUGUCCUGGCCACAUCCUGCAGCGCAUGCGCUCUAGGGGGUCUUCACGCAAGUGUCGUCAUGGGGUCAGAGGCCGGUGUCUGGUCCUGUGUGGUGUUGGUCGGCGUCUCCAACUCGUUUAUCUUUCCAGGAAGCUUUUCCUGGCUGGACUCUGCCGUCCUCCGCGUCUCAGGCAGCGUGGCGUUGGUCAUCAUGCUGGCCGGUUCUGUGGCCGGAAUGGUCAACCCGCUGGUGCUGGGCCCGCUGCUACAAGAGUACACCUACGCCUGGUUCGUCUACCUGCUGACGUCAGAGGUGACCCUCAGUUUGCCGGUGCUCCUCGUCAUGUACAGAAUCGCCAGCAUCUCCCCUGUCAACCGCCUGCAGCAAGGGAGUCAAAUAGAGAAAAUCACCGAAGAGGAAGUGUGAGGCACAACACUAAAGCGGUUUGGACACUAUGUCCGUAGGAAACUACGAAAGAUCCGAGCUCCUCAUGUCGGAAUACUGGAUAGUUGAAACAAAUUUAAUUAUAAGUAACCACGGCCAACACGCAGACCGUCUUGAGGCAGACCAAGACACUUCAAGCUCCUACAUCUUUUGCGUCUUUAUAUAGAUAUAUACUUUGUUUUCUCUUCUCUCUCUCCCUAUGUGUGUGUGUUAUUUGUGGACAAUCAGCAAAUAGGCACAAAGAUAUGAUUGUUUGCCCGGCAUCAACUCUCUAAUUGCUCUCUCUGCGCUCAGCCACAUGUCAGACCCGCUGCCAAACAUGUGCACAGAAGGAUACGUAUGCACGCCCUCAUGUGCAACUGCUCGAGUGAUACAAUAGACAUGAUGGGGGUUUGUGUUGUCGUGGCUUGAGUAUUUCUCCUUACUGACAACUACUCAGACUUGGCACAACCGCACAGGUUGCUACUGUUGUGACUGAGUAUUAUUACUCUGUAUAGAGUGUUGUAGGCGUGUUUGUGUAUCAGUACUGCGGGAUGAGGCGAGAGCGCUACUGUUGUAAUAUUUUACUGCCAAUCAUUCUUUCUUCAUAAAAUCCACAACUCCGUUGCAUGUUUAAUGUUUAGAGCUAAGAAACUGGACCAUAUAUCACUCCUCUCCUUCACAUUUUUUGGGGGGAUUGUCUACCCAUUCGUUCUCGAAUUCGAGAUAUACAAACUGUCUGCGCUGUGUUUGAAUUUCUUUGCAAGCUCUUGUCCUUCUUCUCUGAACUUCUCGUCUUCAACAUCUCGGCUCUUCGUCUGAUGGACGUAUGCCAUCCCUGUCCCCAGAACAACCACAUAUGGUUACCUCUUCCGUAUACAUUAUCCAAACACCCUUUCCCACAAUGCAAGUCCUUUUUCACACCCUUCCCUGCUCGUCUUCUUUUUUUUUUUUAGUCUCAGUUCUUGUUCUUUGGUUCCUCUUUGCGUUUUCUGUAUUUGAUUUUAUUCUUCGUCAGUAUUGUUAAAAGUACAAAUACAGAAGCAAUUUUUUAUUCUUCUAUAGUUUAUAUAUUAUUUGCUUGUUUUCCUGUCCCUCGUAUUCUGUCCCUGUUUCAUUCUUGUUCUUAGGCACUAAGAGCAUUAUCCUUAGGAGUGCGAGUAUGUGCUUUACAAAGGUUGCAUUUAUUAUUAUUAUUCUAUUAUCACCGAAGUUUUAGUUACUGUGCUGCCAAACAGUGGAGCUCUCACCCCUUCCAUAUUCGCCACUAUUGAAUCCUUUAAACGUGCACUACAAACAUAUGUUCCAUGAGCAUUACUCCUGACACCAAUCCACAUAAUGCUUUGUUCUGACGAUGCAUGUAUCGUGCUGUAGUAGCAGUUUUUCAGAACCGGAGGAAACUGCACAAAUAAAAAUGUACAGGUUCGAGCCUGAGAGUUCCCUAGUCUCAAACACAUCGGAGGCACAUAGCGAUGCCGAUGACGAACUUCAUAUUAAUUAUAUUUCCAAUACUCGAGUCUGUUUUCAUCGCGGUUCUGAAAAACUGCUACUAUAGCAUGGUAAAUACAGGCUUUGGGAUUUAGAUUAAUCUUUGAGGAUUUUUUAAUACAAUCGGUGACACCACUGACUCAGCUAUCCCGCCAUUAGCUUAUAGAUUCUUCCCACUCGCACAGAGGUGCGCACGUGCAGUUUGUAAACAAAAUCAUUGAUGAUAAUCUUGGACACUUUUUUGUGAUCGGUCACGCAGCCUUCUUACUUUCUACAAAAAUAAAGGGAUAAGUAAAAA